GCAUGCGGCUUGUCUUGGGCGAGAGCGAAACGUCUAUGGAGCGAGAAGUAAGUCGAUGUCAGCUUGGACGCCGUAGCGGCGCGUGCGCACUCGAGCAGUCCGCGGCCCAGGCAGCUGAGGGGAAGAUGGCGGCGGUGGUACAGAAUGUGGUGAAGCUCCUUGGUGAACAGUAUUACAAGGACGCAAUGGAACAGUGCCACAACUACAAUGCCCGACUGUGUGCCGAGAGGAGUGUUCGGCUGCCGUUCUUGGACUCGCAGACUGGGGUGGCACAGAGCAACUGCUACAUCUGGAUGGAGAAGCGGCACAGGGGGCCAGGUUUGGCAUCUGGACAGCUCUAUUCCUACCCUGCUCGCCGCUGGAGGAAAAGACGCCGUGCUCAUCCUCCUGAGGACCCGAGGCUUUCCUUUCCUUCUAUUAAACCAGACACUGAACAGACCCUAAAGAAAGAUGGCCUGAUCUCUCAGGAUGGUAGCAGCCUGGAAGCCCUCCUGAGGACGGACCCUCUUGAGAAACGCAGCCUGCCUGACCCUCGGACUGAUGAAGACAGCCUUGGCGAGUUUCCCGUUGCCAACAGCCGUGCUCGUAAGCGUAUCCUGGAACCAGAUGAUUUCUUGGAUGAUCUGGAUGAUGAGGAUUACGAAGAAGACACGCCAAAACGCAGAGGCAAAGGCAAGGCGAAGGGCAAAGGAGUUGGGGGUGCCCGGAAAAAACUCGAUGCAGCCAUUUUGGAAGAUAGAGACAAACCUUAUGCCUGUGACAAUAGUUACAAACAAAAGCAUACCUCGAAACCUCCUGACCGAGUCUGUGGGAAGCGUUACAAGAACCGGCCUGGGCUGAGCUACCACUACGCACAUUCCCACCUGGCUGAGGAAGAAGGGGAGGACAAGGAAGACUCACAACCUCCCACACCUGUCUCUCAGAGACCCGAGGAACAAAAAACAGCCAAGAAGGGCCCUGAUGGCUUGGCCUUGCCCAACAAUUACUGCGAUUUCUGCCUGGGAGACUCCAAGAUCAAUAAGAAAACAGGACAGCCGGAGGAGUUGGUUUCAUGCUCUGACUGUGGGCGAUCAGGCCAUCCUUCCUGCUUACAGUUCACUCCAGUCAUGAUGGCAGCAGUGAAGACCUACCGCUGGCAGUGCAUUGAAUGCAAAUGUUGCAACAUCUGUGGGACCUCGGAGAAUGACGACCAGCUGCUGUUCUGUGACGAUUGUGACCGUGGUUAUCACAUGUACUGCCUAACCCCACCCAUGUCAGAGCCACCCGAAGGGAGCUGGAGCUGUCACUUGUGUCUGGACUUGCUGAAGGAAAAGGCCUCCAUCUAUCAGAACCAAAACUCUUCCUGAUGGGCAUCGGUGCAGUGGAGAAGAAAGGAGGAUCCAAAGAGGAACCUUUGGUUGUUUGCUGCAUUACAGGGGCUGUCUUUCCUUUUGUGGUUUACUCUUUCUUCUACCACCUUCUGCUUUGGUCAGCGUCUCCUUCACCAAUUGGAUCAGGCCCUCCUCCCCACACCGGCUCUCGCUGUUGUUCUCUCCACCGUGGCUUGAACCUCUCUCGCUUAGCAGUUGCCCCCAGGGAGUGAAGGGACUCCCCCUCCCCAUUCUUCUGUGAGACCUCAAGUCUACCUGGAGGUUUCAGGUGCAAGCCCUGAGCAGAUGCAGAGAGUCAUCCUGGUGAUCACGCCUGGCUGAGGAUCAUCAUAUCUGCAGCCUUAAUGCUGUAGAAGCAAAGCUUCUCUUCAGUGACCUGGAUGGGAAGCCUUGCAAUGCUUGCUGGGAAAAGGGAAGAAGCACCUUUCUCACCUUACCUAACAUUGUGCUAUUGAAUUGACAGCCCAUCCUUAGGCUUCUGCCUCUGCAAGCUGGGCUGGCAAAUUGAAGAGGAAGCUGCUUUGAAUGCUCCCCCCCCCCCCCUUUUUCUGCUUUUUCUUUUCCUGGGUUUGAACCCCAACCUGCUUGCCCGGAAAACCUUGCAGGGCGAAGAGGAUACCAAGUCCUUUUGUUUUCUGGUCUCCCUCUUCCUAGAAGUGGUUUGAUUGCUGGUGCAAUGCAAAAGGAACCGUGUGACAGUCAGGAACGGCCUCCUAGCCCAAGGGGAAUCCCGGAUGACCUUGUAGCACCGUGAAGCCGGCGGUGUGAACCAGGAAGUGCUUGACUUGGCUCGGGCGGCCAUUGACUCCCAUCUGGCUGUGCUUGGAGAAGAUCUUUUGAGGUUUACCCCGUCUUAGUGGAGAUUGGGCCUUGGCCCAAAGGAUCCCUGUAGAAACAAACAAAACAAACAAACAAAAGUCAUUACUUCCUAUCAUGUUUUUACAAACACAUAAGAUUGUGUGUUUGACUCAGGGCUGCCUUCUGGUGGGGUGGGAUUGGGGAGGGGGAAGCCCUCCAAUUCUUGGAGCAGAGAAAGGGUCUCUGGGCUUUCCUCACCCUACUUUAGUAAGCCCCCAGACACAUGGGGUGUUGACCACAGUCACAAGCAGGCAUAUUAGUGUAGCAGGGGAUUUUAGUUUGUUUUAAUCCAGGAGGGUGUCUUUCCAGUUUCUAGCCAGCAUUAUAGAUUCCACCCUCCACACACACACACACACCCCACACACGGUUCUGCUGGUUUUGGGGCUGUCUGCAGGGCAUUGGGUUACUUGUUUGGCUGGGAAGAGCAAAGGACCUCUUGGGCUGGCAGCUCUUUGCCUCAAGGAGCAGAGCUUGUUAAUGGUGUUCCGUCCUCCAGUUUAGCAGCAGAUGUUUGCAGAGAUCAUCCCGGGACCCCCCUUGAUGUGUCGCGUGCCUCUCAGGGAGUGUUGCCCAUGAGAGUUGGGCUACCUGCCUGCCUGGGUUCCCCUUUUGUCCAAGCCUUACUUGAUGUCUGUUUGCCACGUUCCCCACUUUGUAUGUGUGCAGUGUCUCCUUUCUACCCUUGCUGCUUUGGGCUGAAAACCCCGUGGGAGCUGAUGUGCUGUCCUGGUUCACCAGACCUAUCGUGUGGAGGCGUCUUUCCCGGAAGAAAAACUGUCUUUCGCUUCUGUCACCCUUUUUGCCUUUUGUGUCCCUUCCUGGGAGGAUCAGUCCCCGCAAGUGACAUUUCAGAAGCUCUUCUCGAAGUCCCACCAUUAUUAUUGUUUUUGUCAAUGGGAUUUUCUCCAGUCCCCCCGAGUUGUGGUGGAGAGCAAAGGAAGGGUGCCUCUCUGGAACCGGGUGGUGUGGAAUAGUGAACUAACACAUGUGCCUGUUUUUUCUAAAAUUGACCUCAAACCUACCUCCAAAGCCCCCUUUUGCAUUUUCUCGCAUGCUCUCAAAAAGCAUUUGAAUCCUUCUCUAUCCCUGGUCCAUUUUCCUGCAGAAGGUGGCGUGAGAUGGCUCAGGGCUCUCUGUCAGAGUGGGAGGGUGGUUAUUUUUUUCCUCGCUGGGCCGUGAGUGCAAAUCUAGCCAGCGGUUGGCUUGUCUUCACGUUAAAAGCCUAACCCUGCUAUUCUUGCCGGUUAGAUUGGUGUCUGACCGGAUAAGAUUUGGUCUCUUAGGAUAGGUAUGUGGGGAAAAGGUAAGCAUGAAAGCUUUUUAAUCCUCCCGUCCCUAUUGCUGAACAGGCUCUUCAGGUGGGCUAGAGGCCUUCAGGUUUAUAAGUGGCCCUGCAAACUCAAUACGUGAAGCAUGAAGAAGGACCUUCUGUCUGUGCCGUUGUGCACUGAGGCUCCUAGAUCCCCCUCAGGGCCACAGCUCCCAUAGGGAAGCAUCCACCCUCCCCUCCCAGCUUUCCUUAAUCUUGCACUUGUUUUUUUCUCCCAUAACUGGGUGGGGUGGGGAGGGCAGAUUGACAAGAUUGGAGGGAGGGAGUGUUGAUCACUGGGCUUUCCCACUUUCUCAUUUCCCUUGCUUGUGUGUUCCUGUUGCUUCGGGUUUUGUUUCUGUUCUGCACGUGUUUUUCUCCCUCUAGCGAUCGAUUUGAUAUUAUAUUGCUGUAUGGCCAGCAGUUUAAAUCUGCCAAAUGUAAUAUUGAAUUGACCACUAGAAGGAGUAAAACGUGUGCGAACAGAGCACCCCCUCUCAAGCAACAGGGACACACAAGUGAGGAAGACAAACAUGGGGAAAAGCCCAUUAAGAAAUCUCGGCUAAGCGUCAUUGGAAUUGCUGUCCCAAUCCUAGCUGGGGCAUGUCUUUGCUCGAAGCAUCACACCUGUGUCUUAAACUCACUACCAUAAUAAAAACACCAAAAUGGCUUGUUUUUAGACCGAUGUUUUAUUGUAGUCUCUUGUCCUUUGGGUGGGUAGUAGUGGGGUGAUAGAUUGAUGGGGGGGGGGAUUGUGUUAAAAACAAUAAAGCUGUGUGAAACCCCCACUGCAUUGUGGGAAUUCCAUGCUCAGGUUAAUUCAGUUGAUGGGGGUGGGGUGGAAUAGAAAGGUGAAGCGAUGGAUUCAUAUAUUGGCUUUUUUCAAUGCUUUUGUGCUUUGGGAUGAGCAGUGGGCAGGGAAGGGAUGCUCCUGCCUCCAUUUCUCUGCCCUGCAAUGCUUCUGUUCCUUGGGCAUUUGCAAAGCAAAAAGACUUCCAUCUUUUUUUAUUUAAACCCAUCCAAGGGCUGGAAGUUAGGCUACAAUACCUCAACUCUGUGCUUUUGUGGUGUCCGUAAGUUGGUUUUGUAGCCCCCUGCACACUUGGGUUGCCAUUCCUGCUCCAGGCUUCUACCCCUUGCCCACUCCCCCCCGUCUCCCUGACUUACUGGUUUUACAUUGAGUUGGUGGCUUUGUUUCUUCCUCUCCCCAAAUGUUGCAGAUGAUUUUGUGGGUUUUGGAAUUCCUUCCGUUGGUGGUUCUUUCGCUUUUUCAUUCUCUGGGGAGUCACCCCACCCACCAUCUUUUUAUAGCGGGUUAAGCUGAAGUGUGUUUUGGCUCUUUUAUUUUAAGGUACUGUAAUAAGCAUUAGUGAAUAAAUAUCAUUUUUACACA